CCACCUGGGCUGGACAUAAACAAGAGCUUUGUUUGGUUUUGCAAGGAGUGGGCCAUGAAGAGGCGGCCGGCCUUCCGAGCGGUCCUGGUGCUGCAUCUGAUGGGGACGUUCUUUGGAGGCCUUCAGGUCUUCUGCUUGCCUCUCCGAAAAAGAGACCUCAUCCUCAUCAAAGAGUCCUCCCUUGACAUGGCCUUGACCUCUUUUGAUGACCAGUACAAGGGCUGUGCAGAAAUGAUGGAGGCUGAGCUAGCAGAGCUGAACCGCACCGAAUUUGCCAGGAACAGAGUCUAUGCUGAGGCCUGGGGUGAGGCGGCCUUGAAGUGGGACGAGAGGAAGGCCUCUCUCCCAUUGCCCUCAGGCCUGAAGCCGGAGUACGCCAUUGCUAUCAUGGCCUACACCAUCCAAGGGGGCUUGCACAAGGAAUUCAACGCAGCCGUGAGGGAAGCCGGGCGCACCAGAGACUAUUACCUCAACCGUUUCCACUUCAAGGCUUUCCACUUCCUCCUGACCAGAGGCCUUCACGCCCUGGGGACCACCGCCCAGUCCAGGUGCCACAAGGUGUACCGUGGGGUUAGGAAUGUCCGCUUCACCUCGGAACGCCUCAAGACUGUCCGUUUCGGACACUUCACUUCCUCGUCGCUGAGAAACGAGAGUGCCCUGCAGUUCGGCACCGACACCUUCUUCACCAUUGAGACCUGCCACGGGGUCAACAUCAAGAACUUCUCCUUCUUCCCAGGGGAGGAGGAGGUUCUCAUCCCCCCCUUUGAGAAGUUCAAGGUGGCAAAUUUCACAAAGACCCAAGAGACGACCUUCAUCCAGCUUCUCUCGCUCGAAGAUUCCAGCGUCUACAACUGUGUGUUUGUCAAAGAGAAAAAGUGCAAGACGCAAAGAUGCAACUUCAGGUCAGGUGCCGGUCUGAACCAUUUAUCUGCUAACGUGCAGACUCCUUUCCUGCUCUGGGGCUUCCUCCUCAUUGCUGGUCCUCUCGGAUCUCCAGGACUCCUCUGACUUCAGCUUCUAAAACACCAUCUCUGAAUACAUUUCAGAACCUGCUACUAGAAAAGAAAAAUCAGAGAAUACUGUGGGGUUAAGAUGAAAUGGCAGAAUUUGCUUUA